AUGGCGAGCUCUGCUGCGACCACCCUGCCAGUCGGCGCUGGAUACGGCGUCGUCGUCGGCAUCGGGUUUUUCUUCGCUUUCCUUAUGAUGGGUAUCUCCUGGUUACAGAACCGAUACACUAUGUACUCCACGAAGCAAUCUGAGGAAUUCAACACCGCGUCUCGAUCCGUCAAGCCCGGCCUAAUUGCCUCCGGAAUUGUCUCUGCGUGGACAUGGGCGGCGACACUGCUGCAGAGCUCGACUGUCGCAUAUACCUAUGGUGUCGCAGGGCCCUUUUGGUACGCUGCAGGCGCCACGGUUCAGAUCCUCAUGUUCUCGAUCUUGGCUUGCAAGGUCAAGCAGAAUGCACCGAGGUGUCAUACUUACCUGGAAAUCAUUUAUACCCGAUAUGGAGCGUUUGCGCAUCUGGUGUUUAUGUUGUUCGCGUUUGUGACCAAUAUUCUGGUGGGCAGUCAGCUGCUUCUGGGUGGGAGUGCGGUUGUGACUUCAUUGACUGGUAUGAACGUCUAUGCUGCGAUCUUCUUGAUUCCAACAGGCGUCUGCGCAUACGUUAUCCUCGGUGGCCUCAGGGCGACCUUUCUCUGCGACUACUCGCACACCCUGAUUCUCAUGAUCAUCAUCCUAUACUUCAUGUUCCAUGCCUAUGCAACCAGCGAUCUCAUCGGCUCCCCCGGCGCCAUGUACGAUCUCCUCAAAAAAGCCACCAUCCAACGACCCAUCGACGGCAACCAAGACGGCUCCUACCUCACCCUCAAAUCAAACUUUGGCCUCAUCUUCGGCGUCAUCCAGCUCUGCUCCGGUUCCGGUACGGUCUUUCUGGAUCAAGCCUACUGGCAGCGCGCCAUUGCAUCACGCCCUACGACGGCCGUGAAGGCGUAUCUGCUCGGUGGACUCGCCUGGUUCGCUAUUCCGUUCGGAUUCAGCACCACGCUGGGACUUGCGGCCGCGGCGCUCACGGAUAACCCUCGCUUUCCGACAUAUCCUAACGUGCCAACGUCGGGCGAGAUUUCGUCGGGGCUAGCGGCUGCGUAUGCGGCGAGUGCGCUGCUGGGCAAGAGCGGCGCCGUAGCUUUGCUCAUCGUGCUGUUCAUGGCAGUCACGUCGUGCGCGUCUGCGGAGCUGAUUGCCGUGUCGAGUCUUCUGACGUUCGAUGUGUAUAAGACGUACAUCCAGCCAAAGGCCACGCCCAAACAGCUCAUCUUCGUAUCGCAUAUUAUGAUAUGCGUGUUUGGGCUGACGAUGGCGGUUUUUGCGUGUAUUUGGAACGCGGCGAGUAUCGAUCUAGGCUGGUUGUUCUUGGUUAUGGGUCUCCUUAUCGGCGGCGCCGUCUUCCCAGCCGCCUUCGCCAUCACCUGGAAAGGGCAAACCCGCAUCGGUGCCAUAUCCGGCUGCGUGGUCGGGCUGGCGGCUGGGCUCAUCGCCUGGCUUACCACGGCGCAGCAAUACUACGGCGAAGUCACCGUGCACACGACAGGCCUCGAGUAUCCGACGCUAGCUGGAAACCUCGCUGCCAUCAUGACGGGCCUGAUCGUGAGUGUGUGCGUAUCCCUCGUCAAGCCCGACGACUUCGAUUGGGAGAUCACUCGCGCCAUCAACGCCAUGCCCGUCACGCAGGGAACAGCGCCAGAAGGCACGUCAACCCCCAACGAAGAAGACACGCCCGAGCUCUCCAGCGCCGAAGAAAAGAACCCCGUUCCCUCCUCCCCUCCACCCCCACCCGCUCCCACCAACAACGCAUCCACCUCCAUCGCCGCCGCCGAAGAAAAAGCACUCCACCUCGAAAUCGGCGUCGAAGACCACCCCGCGAAACUCCGCGCCGCGUUCAAACUCGCCUGCAUCGCGUCGUUCGUGCUGACCUUCAUCCUGGACUUCCUCGUCCCGAUGCCCAUGUUCUUCACGCAUUAUAUCUUCAGCAAGGGGUUUUUUACCGCGUGGGUGGUAGUGAGCUUUCUUUGGGUGUUUUGUAGUAGUUUUAUUUCGUGCUUUUUGCCGGUUUGGGAGACGAGGGGUUUUUUCGUGGAGUUGGGGAGGGCGGUUGCGAGGGAUGUGCGGAGGGGGAGGGGGGCAUGA